UGUGGGGCGAGGAGGUAGGGGAGCCAGAAAUCAGCGCAAGUCCCAACCAGCUCCUAUAACGCGGUCGUUGAGAGUAUUAACGCCGUGCCAUUUAAUGCCAUUCAAAUUGCUUUAUUUUUAUUUCAAAAAAUUUCUCCUCCUUUCCCUCCCCCCAACUACACUUCUCCAAACCCAUAAAUUCUCAUGCACGUCUUCCCUUCUCUUACCAUUCCCCAGUCACCUGCCUUGCUUUUUAUUUGCUGGGUUAAGAAAUCCUCUCUUUCUUUAUUGAGUGAUUUGUGCCAUUUGUCAGAGGAGAGGAAGAAGAAGAAGAGUUUGGCGGGGUGGAGGGAAAUGGGGCUUUUUUCAUUGGUGACAGGGAGGCCGGGACUAAGUGGGUUUGGUUCUGCUUCUACUGCAGAAGAGGUUACUCAAGGGAUUGAUGGUAGCAACCUAACUGCUAUUAUCACAGGAGGGGCUAGUGGGAUUGGAUUGGAGACUGCAAGAGUUAUGGCUCUUAGGAAAGUUCAUGUCAUUAUAGGAGCAAGGAACAUGGAGGCUGCAAAUGAGGCCAAACGUCUCAUUCUUGAAGAGAAUCAAUCUGCUCAAAUUGACGUUUUGAAGCUUGAUCUCAGCUCGGUGAAGUCAAUUGGUCAAUUUGUUGAUAAGUUUAAUGCUCUUAAACUCCCUCUCAAUAUCUUAAUAAACAAUGCUGGGAUCAUGUUUUGUCCAUUCCAGCUCUCAGAAGAUGGCAUAGAGAUGCAAUUUGCUACAAAUCAUCUUGGCCAUUUUCACUUGACAAAUCUGCUCCUGGAGAAAAUGAAGAAAACAGCAAAAUCUACUGGAAUAGAGGGGAGGAUUGUGAAUUUGUCAUCAAUAGCUCACAUUCACUGCUACAAGAAUGGGAUUCGAUUUGAUAAGCUAAACGAUCGAUCAGGUUACUCGGACAAGAGGGCCUAUGGACAAUCCAAAUUAGCCAACAUAUUGCAUUCCAAUGAGCUCUCUCGUCGAUUCCAGGAAGAAGGUGUGAACAUCACAGCAAAUUCUGUCCACCCUGGACUGAUAAUGACAAAUCUCAUGAAACAUUCAGCCAUGUUAAUGAAAUUUUUCAAGAUGUUCAGCUUCUUCCUGUGGAAGGAUGUACCACAGGGUGCAGCCACCACAUGCUAUGUAGCUCUUCAUCCACGCUUGAAAGGUGUGAGUGGGAAGUACUUCGCUGACUGUAAUGAGAUGCCACCAAGCGUUCUGGCUACAGAUGAAAUACUGGCAACCAAACUUUGGGAUUUCAGCAACAAAUUGAUUAGUGCAAUCUCCAAACCAUGGACUUAUUAGGUUCCCAACCACCCAUUUCUUAAUUAUCAUUAUUGUCCGAGUGUUAUGCAUGUAACACCCGUGUCCCACAUCGACAGUAAAUCGAAAAAAAAAAAAAAAAAAAAACACGGGUAUGGUUUAAAAUCGUCGAAAAUAGUAAUAGAUAGUAUUUAUAAACAAUAUGGGUCUGAGUUGGUAUUGAAUUUGUGUCGUUAUCUUCUUGCAAAGAAAAGGGUAUUUAUUAUGUGA